AUGUCGCCCAAGGGAAAAGAGAAGGAGAAGCCCGUCGCCUCGCUCAUUGCCGGCGCGACGGCCGGUGGCUUCGAAGCCUUUGUGACGUACCCCCUCGAAAGUCUCAAGACGCAGCUCCAGUUCCAGGCCGAUGCGAAGACCACGCCCUGGAGCCUGCUGAAGGACACGGUGCAGAAGCGCGGCAUCAAGGGUCUGUACGCGGGCGUACCCGCCGUCGUGAUCGGUAACGCGGCCAAGGCUGGCGUGCGGUUCACGACGUACGACCAGUUCAAGUCGGCUCUGAAGGACGAGGAGGGGCACCUGUCCGCGCCCCGCUCGAUGUUGGCCGGCCUCGGCGCCGGCAUGAUGGAGGCCAUUAUUGCCGUCACGCCCAGCGAGACGAUCAAGACCAAGAUGAUCGAGGACUCGAAGCGCGACGUGCCACGCUACAACGGCAUGGUCGAUGGCGUGCGCAAGAUCGUGGCCGAGGAAGGUGUCGGAGGGCUCUACCGCGGCCUCGGGCCCGUCAUGCUCCGCCAGGGCGCUAACUCGGCCGUCCGCUUCUCCAGUUACUCCACGAUCAAGCAGCUCGCACAAGGCUCGCUUCCGCCCGGAAGCGUGCUGCCCGGCUGGAUGACGUUCGGGAUUGGAUCAAUGGCGGGCAUCAUCACAGUGUACACUACCAUGCCGUUUGAUGUUAUCAAGACGCGUAUGCAGACGAUCGAGGCCAAAAAGCAGUACCGCAACGCAUUGCACUGCGCGUAUCGCAUCGUGACGGAGGAGGGCGUGCUCAAGCUGUGGAAGGGCACGGUUCCGCGCCUCGGGCGACUGGUGCUGUCCGGCGGCAUCGUCUUCUCGGUAUACGAGAAGAUCUACCCCAUCGCCGCAAGCUUCAUCUCGUAG